AUUCCCCCUUCCUCCCCUCCCCUCUCCCUCAUUCAGACUCGCGCGUACCGAGGUUUUGCCACUUUCGUUUACAAGAGGUGCUUUCGGCUCCACCGUCCACCAUUUCCAAUGGUGGUUCGGAGAAAUCGACGCGGAGGCGACUCCGAAGAGGGCGGCGGAGCAACCGUAGAGAAUGGAAGUGCGGGGGUUUCAGGGUACGAGCACUUCAGGGACCAAAAGAUCAGAGAGAACAAGGAGAGAUUGCAGAAGCUGGGAAUUUUGGACCUUGCCAAGAAGCUCAAGACCGAAGCUGCCGCCCCAAAACGUCCCUACCGACCCAAAACCCACAACCCACUUCCUAAUCCUGGGUCCCCCAGGCGCUCUUCCAGGUUGAAGAGUGUGGCUCCAGUAGAUUAUGUGGAAAAGAAGAAAAACGAGAGCUCAAAGAGAAAGAGUGUUGAAAUUUUUAUAAAGGAAGGUUCAAAGCCAGAGAUUUAUACAGAGGAACAUGAGAAGCUGUUGGGGGAUUGUGUCGAAAGCUGGGAGCUUGGUGUUGAUGGCUAUGGUGAGGAUCGGAAGCGCAUUUACGAUCCGGUUAAUGGAGAAACUUGCCAUCAAUGCAGGCAGAAAACUCUUGGGCAUCAUACAAAGUGCUGGAAAUGUGACUUGGUCCAAGGGCAGUUUUGUGGAGAUUGCUUAUACAUGAGAUAUGGAGAGAAUGUGAUUGAAGCCAAUGAAAAUCCUGGUUGGACAUGUCCUGUUUGUCGGGGCAUCUGCAACUGUAGUCUCUGCCGUCAAGCAAAGGGGUGGGAACCCACCGGUAAUCUGUAUAGAAAGGUCAUAAAACUUGGUUGCAAGUCUGUGGCACACUAUCUUAUCCAAACCCGCCGUUCCCCAACAAACUCAGAGACCACAGGUGAAGAAGUUGUAGCAGAGGGAUCAACUCCUUCAGUGGAACCCUCUUCACAUGAUGAAUCUUCAGGAACAGGCAAUGACCUUGAUACUAGCAAGCAUGUUGAUGACAAUGAUGUGGGCAACGUAGAUGCUGUUGCUGCUGGUGAUGCAGUUGACGGCGAGGCAAAGAAAAAGCUGAGAAGGAAUACAAGGCUGAGCAAGGAUUAAACUUUUGCGGAUUAUAGCCUGCUCUUAAUACAAUCUAGUCCCGCAUCAACUCGUGUAAGGUUGGGACACACAAACGCUUUUCGAGCACAUAUAUUUCUCUUUUGUUAGCCUGAAGACUAAUCUAGUGCAACUAUAGGUUUUUUGUGGAGUUAUGAUUUUGCCGGGGAAUAGUUUCCUUGAACUUCUUUUGCUUUAUAUGUGGUAGUAUGAGAAUUGUGGUGUUUUGAAACAUGAAUCAGGCAGACUACUACUGGUAUUGCAAAUGAAAUAUGUAGUCGUAUGUAGUCUUC